GCAGGAAUUGUUUUUAUUUCUUGAUUUUAAUGUUUUCUGAUGUUUUGGUUGGGGCUUCUUGAAGGUCACAGACUUGCAUCAGAGAUGAGCAGGACGCUCUGUGUGGGCCUCUGUCCUUUCCUCACUGAGGAAAGGGCACAAACUCCUCACUGAGGGCUGUGGGCACAAACUGGAGCACAGGAAGCUCCAUACGAACAUGAAGAAAAGCCUUCAUACUUUAACAGUGGCAGAGCCCUUGAAGAAGCUGUCCAGAGAGCUGGUGGAAUCUCCUCCUGUGGACGUACUCAGAACACACCUGAACACUUUCCUGAGUAACCCAAGCCUAGAGCAGGAGGACAGAUGAUCUCCAGAGGUCCCUUCCAACCCCUGUGGUUCUGUGAUUCCGUGAUCUUUCAUGGCUUACGGUACAGAAGCCUUUCUAGUGAGCCUUGAGCUGUUAGGUGCUUCACUGGCCUUAAUGAGUAUCAGGAGCUCAGGGUUGUGAUGGCAGAAGUGCUCCCGUGUAGCAUGGGAGCCUGUGUCCUGAUUGUAGGGUUGCGUCUGAGAGUGAAUUUGGGGCAGGACCUGCUGCUCCCCCAGCACUCCUCACCCCUCCAACCUCUGCCACCUCUGGAUUUUUGCUCCUCUGUGAUUCUCUCACUAGGUUCUUCUCAGUGAUGCCCUGUGUCAGGAUGGAACACCAGAGAGGCUACGGAAUCUCCUCCUUGGAGACCUUCAAAAGCCACCUGGACAUGGUGCAGGGCACCUGCGCUGGGCGUCCCUGUGGGAGCAAGGCUGGGACAGAUAGACCCUGAGUCCUUGCCACGGAGCUAAUGGAGAGCAUCCAGAGAAAGGCUGUAGAGAUGAGCAAGGGUCUGGAGAGCAUGGACUGCCAGGGUUUGGUCGGAGGAGAGGAGGCUGAGAGGAGGCCUCGUGGCCUGCAGCUCUCAUGGCCGGUGCUUCCUGCUGUGCGGAGGCUGGAUGGCUGCUGGCAUCCACUGUCAGCAAUGGCCGCUCCAUUUCAAAGCACAGCAUUCCUACACAGAGCCAAGAGAUGCACCUCUGCUGUGUGGCCAAGAAAACGUGUUUAACAGAGCUUUUGUAGUAAGAUGUGUGGGAUUCCGUGUAGAAGUGAGUCCAAUUUUAAUUUUCCCUUCACGUGAGCUUGUCUCGUGCAAGAUCGGUUUGUUUUAUCAACUUGGAAAAGUGCCUGCAACAGGAUUUUGUAAGAGUUGAUUUCCUGCGAGUUUCCUGUGAAAUUGGAAACCUGCAGAAAUGGGUGGAUUUCUGAAAUUCUAUUGUGUGGGUUUUCUCCUUCUUUUUUUUUCCCCGAGUAAAAAAAGAACCGUGCCCUCCUCCCCCCGAGCUCUCAUUCCGCAUACAUUUAUUCCUGAAAAAUAUUUCCAGCUGUUUCUUUUUCUGGGAAACUCAUACCAUCUGUAAACAAGUGCCUGAUUCAGAUAAUUCUGUUAUUUUGCCUGGUCACUCUUAUUUUCCAGCUUUUAAUAAUGCGAGAGUUGAGGAGCAAUCAGUAAUGGUUUUUCUCCUCUUCACCCUCAAUUUGAUUAUUUUUCUCAUAAAGAGUGGAGUAAGGAGAGCGCUGAGCAACAGGAGAUGGGAAAAAUAUUUUGAUUACUUUUCGGUUGCUUAUCAUCAAGGAGUAACUCUUCUAAUCCAGGCCAAUUUGCCGCAUUGAUUUAAUUCAUAAUUUUAAUUUCAUGACUUUUCUGAAAAAAAUAAAAACAAAAACAUAAAGAAUAAAAAAACUGAAACCACCCAAACCGCAGAAGACAAAACCAGCAGCUCAGCGAGGUGCGUCGGGUUGAAGCUUUUUAAUACUUGUUUGAACAGUUGUAGUUUUAGGUUAAAAUUUAUUUAAUGUUCCCUUUCUUCUGUCUACUUCUGCCAGAAUAUUCUACUUGAAUUUCCCUGCGCUGCCACAAGAGAAAAAUUGAAAUUCAAAGCACAGAUUCUGCCAGUGCUUUCAGCGAGUUCAUAAAAUUACUCAUAUGAAUAUUCCCUUGACUCAAAGGCAACUGCUUGCAGUCCUUAAACCUGUCUGGGACUACCUGAAGUAUUGGGAGCCCAAACAAAUGGCUGACGAAAGCAACAGCAGUGGGAGGAGGAGCUCUUCUAGCAGGGAGUGUUUGAAGAGGAGCCCACGGAGCCCAAAAGCAGAGGGCUCCGAUUCGGUGACAUCUCAGUCCUCACCCAGUGAAGAGGCUGGAAUGAUGACUGAGGUGAAGGUGAAAACAGAGGUACCAGAUGACUACAUCGAAGAGGUGAUCUGGCAGGAUGACACCAAAGAUUCCAAGAAGAACAUAAAAGACGGGCCGGGAGAUGUGCCAGCCGAGAUCUGCGUGGUGAUCGGAGGGGUCCGCAACCAGCAGACGCUCGAUGGAAAAGCAGUGGAACGUGGCUCUCCCGUUGGAUAUACACGAAAUCGAUAUUCAGGGACCUGGAUUUUUGACCAUGCAUUGAGAUACACGUCUGGGUCUUAUGAGUGUGGAAUAUGUGGGAAGAAAUACAAGUAUUACAACUGUUUCCAGACCCAUGUGCGAGCGCAUAGAGACACUGAAGCUGCCUCAGGUGAAGGAGCCUCACAAGGCAACAACUUUAGGUACACGUGUGACAUCUGUGGGAAAAAAUAUAAAUAUUAUAGCUGCUUCCAAGAGCACAGAGACCUGCACGCUGUGGAUGUUUUUAGUGUGGAAGGGGCCCCAGAAAACCGGGCAGACCCCUAUGACCAGGCCGUCAUAGCAGCAGAAGAAGUGAAGGAGGAGGAGCCAGAACCGUUCCAGAAGAUUGGUCCAAAAACUGGCAAUUAUACCUGUGAAUUCUGUGGCAAGCAGUACAAAUACUACACUCCAUACCAAGAGCACGUGGCACUGCAUGCACCUAUUAAGUUCUCUCGAUCUCCACUCUUCGUGGCAGUGAAGACGCAGGGGAGCCAAUCCAGCAAAAAAACACCGACUUCAAUAAACCGAUGUUCCACCCUCCUGCACCGCACCCCUCCCGGCGUCCCACCGACGUCCCAAUCCCAGAUGUUCCGCGCUCCAAAUUCCGGAUCCCCAGGAAGCAAGGCCAUCACAGCAGAAAGUGCUUUCAGCAGGAGAGUGGAAGGCAAAGCGCAGAACAACUUUGAAGAAACAAACAGCAACUCGCAGAACUCCAGCGCUGUUCAUUCGGGGACAGAAAAACCUAAAGAAAAGAGAUGUAAGCAGAACCCAUCAGAGCCUUACACCUGUGGAGCUUGUGGAAUCCAGUUCCAGUUUUAUAACAAUCUCCUGGAGCACAUGCAGUCCCAUGCAGCUGACAACGAGAACAAUAUUGCCUCUAGCCAGCCCAGAUCACCUCUACCUGUUGUUGAAGAGAAGUGGAAACCGCAGCUCCAAAGAAAUAACGCUAACAACACCUCUGCGAGCGGCUCCGUAGGGAACAGCGCGAUCCCGGAGAAGGAGCGGCAGAACAUUGCCGAGAGGCUCCUGAGGGUGAUGUGCACUGACCUCGGGGCGCUGAGCGUGGUGAGCGGGAAGGAGUUCAUCAAGCUAGCGCAGACCCUGGUGGAUAGCGGGGCUCGCUACGGUGCCUUCUCUGUCACCGAAAUCCUUGGUAAUUUCAACACACUGGCUCUGAAGCAUUUGCCUCGGAUGUACAACCAAGUGAAGGUGAAAGUCACCUGCGCCCUGGGCAGCAACGCCUGUCUGGGCAUCGGGGUCACUUGUCACUCGCAGAGCAUUGGCCCCGAUUCUUGCUACAUCCUCACAGCUUAUCAGGUGGAAGGCAACCACAUCAAGAGUUAUGUCCUGGGAAUUAAGGGUGUAGAUAUUCGAGAUAAUGGUGAUUUUAUCCACCACUGGGUACAGAACGUGCUCUCAGAGUUUGUGAUGUCAGAGAUCAGGACGGUGUAUGUCACAGACUGCAAAGUCAAUUCCUCUGCGUUCUCCAAGGCAGGCAUGUGCUUGCGUUGUUCGGCCUGUGCCUUGAACUCAGUAGUGCAGAGCGUGCUGAAUAAGCGAACUCUACAGGCUCGCAAUAUGCACGAAGUGAUCGAGCUCCUGAAUGUCUGUGAAGAUCUGGCGGGAUCCACAGGCCUCUCAAAGGAGACCUUUGGCUCCCUGGAGGAGACUUCUCCCCCGCCCUGCUGGAACUCGGUCACCGACUCCCUCCUACUCGUGCACGAGCGCUAUGAGCAGAUCUGCGAGUUCUACAGCAGGGCCAAGAAGAUGAACCUCAUCCAAAACCUGAACAAGCACCUGCUCAGCAACCUGGCGGCUAUUUUGGCACCGGUGAAGCAGGCUGUGAUUGAGUUGAGCAACGAGAGCCGGCCCACCUUGCAGCUGGUACUGCCCACCUACGUCAAACUGGAGAAACUGUUCACUUCCAAAGCUAACGAUGCUGGCGUGGUCAGCAAACUCUGCCACCUCUUCUUGGAGGCGCUGAAGGAGAACUUCAAGGUUCAUUCGGCGCACAAGGUAGCCAUGAUCUUAGACCCCCAGCAGAAGCUGCGGCCUGUCCCGCCGUACCAGCACGAAGAGAUCAUUGGCAAGGUCUGUGAGUUGAUUAACGAGGUGAAAGAGUCCUGGGCAGAAGAAACAGAAUUUGAACCUUCGACCAAGAAGGCCCGGGCAGCAGGGGAAGCCGCAGCAGCUCAGGAAGAAGAUUGGUUCGGGAAAAAUGAAGUCUAUGAUUAUUUGCAAGAACCUCUCUUCCAGGCCACUCCUGACCUCUUUCAGUACUGGUCGUGUGUUACCCAAAAGCAUACAAAACUAGCCAAGCUAGCCUUUUGGCUCUUAGCAGUGCCUGCUGUUGGUGCCAGAAGCGAAUGUGUAAAUAUGUGUGAGCAGGCACUCUUAAUCAAAAGGAGGCGGCUGCUCAGUCCAGAAGACAUGAACAAACUCAUGUUUUUGAAGUCCAACAUGCUUUAAGACUGUCUUUUAAUUAAAACAAAACUUUAAAACACUGUUCCAAACAAAGAAAAAGAAUUUAAGUUCUAAACACUGUGGACCUCAUUAUGAAUGCCCCUGAAAACCAAGUGCUUUUUUAUAUAUAUAUAAAAAUAUAAAUAUAUAUAAAAUUAAGUUUGAGAGGAAAGCUGAGCACGUGAGAGAGACAGCCCUCUGCCAGGAACGUGCUCCUUUCCAUAGAUAGUGUGUGGACUUGACAGACUUUCUAAUGUUUUCAAGUGGGCAGACCAAUGGGAGGCUGAUGUUCUAAAGUCUUCAGGCAGCUGAGAUCUAAAGUGACUUGAAGUUUCUUUUGUUUCUCCUCCACCCCACCUUUCCUCUUGUCCCCUGGGCCAUCUUGCCAUGGAUAAUCAGACUACAUUGAACAGAGCAGUUCUGCACUGGACUUUGCUCCUUUGAAUAACUGUACACCUUGAGGGCAUUUGUCUACAGCCUUCUUGACAUACGGUGCACGUUAUCAGGGCAGCUGUGUUUUAUGAACACCAGUAUCUUUAGAAAUCAGGAAGGGAGACUUUAAUUUUUUUAUUAUUAUUUCACUUCUUCAUGUAGGGUUUUUCAAAAAAAACAAAAACAAAAAACACACAAAACCAAAAGUUAGUCUUUUGUCUCCCAGUUUUAACGUGUUAGCUAGCGCUUAUAAGUUUGAUUUAAAAUUAAGAGAAGUAAUUCAAGGCAGAAAAUGUCUGUAAUCUUUACGUUUCUUGGAUUUGCUUUUUCUCACAGCACACCAUCUUUUCUGAAUUCCCAGUGUAAAUUAGCUUCUCGGUGAAUUCUGUGCAUCAGGGGUUCUCAAGCUUGUUGGUAGAGCAGCCCAUUUGUGAUUGUAUAACGCCCUUAUGGGAGCCACAGCAGUUGCUUAUAUGGAAGAGCUGGAGACCAGGACAGGCGAGCGGUGCCCACACAGCGUCUGUGGGCUCUGCCAUCUGCCAUUGAGAACCCUUGUACCUAAAAUCUUUGCAAACCUUCCCAGUCCUCACACUCAAAAUAGCCUUCACAAGGCCAAGGACAAACCAAGGUGUAUGAUUUUUCAGGGGAACAAAGAUUAUCAGUGUUGUCAAAGUAGGGUUUGAAGGAAGCUUAGAGAAGCGCAUGGGCUCAAAGAUCCUUCUGAAUGUAAGUGCUCCUGAUUGAGUGCAAAGAAUAUCUUUCCCUUUUAUUUGGAAUGGUUUCCUCUAGUAGCACGAAUGUCUUUUUUAAUACCUACAGUGCAUUACACUACUUGUUACGUUGUUUAAUUGUUCUGGCUAGGAAGGCUGCGGGCCCUUAAACGUUCACACUCACUGGCUCACCCCGUAUGCAAUUAGAGAUCAUUGUUGCACAAAAACAUCUCCACUCUGCGUUCACUAAGGCCAGUGCUCUGCUGUGUCCGGUGCCGUGGGUGCAGCACUGCGUGCUGCUGGAUGGGAUCUCUGCAGGCUGUCGCAUUUGGUGCCUCUUGGACAAUUCCUGACUUCUGGUGCCAAAUUGUAGAUGUCCCAUCGCUUGGACUUGCAUCCCCAGAGGCCAGUUGAAACCAAUUCUGAUUUUUGAAGCAGGGCCUCCAGCUUCCAGCAGCGUGCUCCAAAGCUGCUGUUGGAGGUGUGGGAGCACAGCUGGGGCUCCCAGUGGGAGGCUGGGGCCCUCGGACAGUGCAGGGCUAUCUCUGGUGGCUGAGUGUGGUGGUAGGGCCCAUCAAAGGUGGUGGGGCCCUCUGAAGUGCAUGCUUGAGACCUUCCCUAGAUCAAGGGUGGUGUUUGUACCCGAGUGUCUUGCCCCAGAACGACUUGCUCCUUUUGGCUUGCAUCAUGCAAUACUUACUGUAGCCUGAGCACAGACCUCAGGCUGGCAGCACCUCUCAGCCUUGCAAAUAGCCUCAGGGCAAAACCAGUUGUCACCUAAAUUGAGUUUUGCAUAUGGGUAACUUCAAAGGUAGAGUCCACAACCCCACGGGUAACUGCAGGGUGAGCGGUGCAUGAAGGUGAGCAGCCGAGGCAAAGCUACUGGAGGUCCAAUCUCUGGCAGUGGUUUUUGCAGGUGGCAGUGCAGGUUGCAGGCCAGCUCAGCUCUUUGCUGGUUGUACUUAUUUUCUCCCAUACAGCUCCUGCUCGCCCAGCAGCACAUCACAAAGGAAGCCUGUAGCAAGCAAAACCCAAGCCUCAGACUGAAACAAACAAAAAAUCAGCAGGUAGAGGUGGGAGGUGUGCUAAUUAUCCAGCAUUUGUGCUGCAGGGCCUGCUGAAAAGCAGGAGGAGAAUGGGGCUGAAGGACAUGUCAAAAACGGGAUGGGCUGCUGAGCCUACAGAGCUCAGCAGAAGGCAGACCUGAGGCAGGAUUUGCAGCUCUUUCUCCAGAUGGCAUCUUUCACCUUUGCACUUGGUUUGCCUUUGGCUCCAAGAGCCACUUGCAGUCUCUGUGACAUCCAGGGCAAUGCCUGACAUCUCUGUGUUCCUUUGAGACAGAGUUCCAAGCACUUCUUUCCUAAGGGUGAGGGCACCCAGAGCUCCCCUUCCCCUUCCUCUUCUCUUCUUGAGGGUUGGACACAAUGAUCUCCAGAGGUCGCUUCCAACUCCUACAGUUCUCUGAUUCUCAUACUCUGAGGCAGAGAUCUGAAGCUUUCUUGCUGCAGUGACCAAAUGCUGCGAUCUCCUGGCCCUCCAUCCCACUGCCUUCUCCAGGGCACCGUUGGUUAUCAUUGCACUAAUGCGAACAUGGAUCUGGGCAAGCAUGGAGUGAUGUCUGGCAGAUGAGGUACUCCCAAAGACUUAAAAACUCAACUAGCAGCUAAAAGAGCAAAGCAAAACCAAAAGGCUGUGAAACGGAGCAGUCUGGAGGGUCUUGGUAAGAAAACAAGCUGGCCAGAACCUUUUUCCAGUGUGUCAGCCACAGCUCUUUGUGAGACUUAAGGGAUGGGCUCUGCUCAGUGGGGCUGUUGGUUCUGUGCCUGCUCAUUGCUUGUGUCUGAAGUACCUCAUUGAGAGCAUAGAAGCAUAUCUGGAGCACACCUAUGUACUCUGAAUGCCAAGUGCUUCUCUUGCUUCUCCUUCCCUCCUUUAGGACUCAGAUUUGUAUUCUAGGGAGUGUAGAUAACUUUACCAAGGUCUGAAUUUUGGAAACUCUUCAUUCAGCAGGUUACUGGGGUCAGCUCAUUGGGAGCUCUGCUUGGAGCAACGCUUGUUUUGUACGGAGUGCUGCCUGUCCUGCAGUGGGUGGCAGCAGGGGAGAGGCUCUCCUGGGAUUGGCCAUUAAAUGUUAUGUCAGUGCCAUGAAGUUCUGCUUCCUUUGAGCUAGGAAAUGUCCUCAGAGUUGGUGCAUCAAUCUAUGGUAGAUCAUGCUGGGAGUUUUGUCUUCUGCUGGUUUGGUUCUGUUCACUUGCACUUAAGAAGGGUGUUUGGAGGAAAGAACUGGAGUGUGCAUCCUCCAGGCAUUCUCUUGUUUGUGCUUCUUGCUCUGUGCCUGCAGCUUUCCAACUUAGGGUUUGCUGUGGGAAUGGCUGUGAUCUGCAGGAGGAGCAGGCACCAAUAGGAGAGGAACGGGGGGGGGAAGGGGGGGGUUGAAUGAAGGGUUCCAAAGUUCUCUGCAGAACUGAGGAGCUCAGAAGUGUGUUGUGUGAGGAUGGCAGUCAGGUGACGUUGGUCUCCAUGUUCAUCUCUCCUCAUGUCUCAGGCAAUAGGCAGCAGUUUUUCUGGCUUGCAGGAUGGGCUGCUGUGCUGUAUUGCUUCUGGGUCCUUUCAGAUGGAAGGAAAUGUUUCUUUUACCAAAGUUUUGUCUGUUGUGAGAAAACUGAUUUGGUUGGAUUUGAACUGGUGCAUUCUGCAAGAGAUUUUCAGGCUCAGGUUUUGCCCAGCGUGGAGGUCUGUUGGUUGCUGGCUGAAGCAGUCUCACUGAGGUGAAGCAUCAGUUUUAGCAUCGCUGUGACCUGGUAGCAUUGUUUGGCUGUGCGUGGUGCUGCUCUCCCCUACAGACAGAAUGUGCCCAGAGGCAGCUCAGGGAGCCACGACCCUGCAGUGAAGUUGGGGCAGACACACUCAUAGGAGUUGUGAGUCACUGAAAUCAGAGGGGAAACACUUCUGGAGACUGCUGAGCUCAGCAUUGAGGUUCCUGUGUUGUUACAGCUUGCAGCAAGACAUCUCUGAUCAGUUGGUAUUCCUCCAAAUGCUUGCAGAAACACAAGAGGCAUAGUGUGAGAAGAAAUUCCUGCAUGUGCUGCUGUGGGUGGACCCACUCAGCCGCACGCAGAGUGCUGCAUGGAAGCAGAAUCCCAGACACUUCCUGCUAGGACUUAUCAGCACUGCAUCUGCAGGUACUGCACUGCAUCACUGCGGAGCUGGGAGGUGGCAUAAGAGCAGCCACAAAGCUCCCCAGCAGCUGGGAGCACUGCCUUGUGCUGAGCAGGGCUCAGCAUUUCUGCUUAUGGGAGGGGAGGGACUCCGAGCUGUCAGAGGAGGUGAGUCAUUCCUUGCGGAGUCAUUAGGAGUAGUGAGGUGAGAGUGAACAACCAGCAAAGACACUAAAAGCAGUUUCUGGGAAUCAUUUGUUUGUUUGUUUAAUGGAGGAGAAAUCUGCUACCUGGGAGGAAACUGGCACAGGGGUGGGUUUUUAUGGAUCAUGGCCCUGCUGGAAAGGACCUGAGUGUAGUGGUGGAUGGCAGCUGGACACGGGCCAACACUGUGCCCUCACAGCCCAGAGAGCCAGCUGUACCCUGGGCUACAUCCAAAGCCACGUGCCAGCAGGGCAGGGAGGGGAUCUGCCCCUCUGCUCUGUGCUGUGACACCUCACCUGGAGCACUGCGUCCCGGUG